AUGCGUGGAAGAGCAAUGCUAUCGUUCCCAUCGCCAAGCGGAAAGGGACGCGAUAGAGUGUUCCAACCAUCGGGGAAUCAGGUGAUCGCUCACACGAUGAAACUUUACGAGAUGGUCAACUCAAGAUUGAGAGAAAUGGCCACGAUCUCAUGGGAGCAGUUGCUUGUAAGAUCUACAAUGGAUGCCAUCUUUACAGAUGGACAAGUGGUGGAGAAGUAUCGAGAAAAGCGUCGACUCUGCUACUUAGCCUUCCUCGACUUGUAUAAGGCAUUCGACCGUCUACCGCGACAAGUCCUUUAG